UUAAGAAUUACGAAACCGAGAAAACAAAGAAAUAAUUAUCCGACCGGCGAUUUUCAGUUUUCACGACCAUCCGCUCGCCAUCGCUCGUUUCGUAGGGGAGGUGAUGAUGGCGUCACUCGGUCUUCGCCACCCUUCUUCCUCCGCGUUCGCGAGCUCGCAUUGUAAGCAUGGAGUGAGUACUUCCACAUCAUACCUCUCCAAAUCCGGUGUGUUCUUCAGGAUUCCGAGCAAACCCUGUAGAUUAAGGGCUAUCAGAAAAGCGACAUUUGCAGUACUUUCUGGGGAGGAUGAUCUCUUACCCCAUUCCUAUAACAAUGGGGCGGCCUCAGGGCAAAAUUUUAUAUUAGAUGGCCAAGCACAGCCCAAAAGAGUUCAUGUUCACUCCAACGGUCUAGCGUUUGGGACGCUUGCUGCUGAAAUAACACCUACCACUCAAGGUUUUUUUCCUAAUGAAGAUGUGUAUGACCUUGAUGUACCUUCCGAAGGAUUUUCUUCAAUUCCGGAGGCAAUUGAAGAUGUUCGUCAAGGCAAGUUUGUUGUUGUAGUAGAUGAUGAAGACAGAGAAAAUGAGGGAGAUUUAAUAAUGGCAGCAUCUUUGGUAACACCGGAAGCUAUGGCGUUUAUAGUCAAGCAUGGUACUGGAAUUGUAUGUGUGAGCAUGAGAGAAGAAGACUUGGAGAGGCUGCAACUUCCCCUCAUGGUGACCCACAAGGAGAAUGAGGAAAAGCUUUGCACAGCUUUUACUGUUUCGGUGGACGCAAAACGCGGGACAACUACUGGUGUCUCAGCUCAUGAUAGAGCCAGGACAAUAUUGUCUCUUGCAUCAAAAGAUUCAAAACCUGAAGAUUUUAAUCGGCCUGGCCAUGUUUUCCCCCUAAAAUAUAGAGAAGGAGGGGUUCUCAAAAGAGCUGGGCAUACAGAAGCUUCUCUUGAUCUGGCAAUGUUGGCUGGGUUGGAGCCUAUUGGAGUUCUAUGUGAGAUAGUGGAUGAUGAUGGUUCUAUGGCCAGAUUACCAAAGCUUCGUCAAUUUGCACAGAAAGAGAACUUAAAAAUAAUUUCAAUUGCUGAUUUGAUCAGAUAUAGAAGGAAAAGGGACAAGUUGGUGGAGCAGGCUGGUGUUGCCCCAAUACCCACGAUGUGGGGGCCUUUUAUGGCCUUCUGUUAUAGAUCACUGCUUGAUGGGAUUGAGCAUAUUGCCAUGGUUAAAGGUGAGAUCGGAGAUGGACAUGACAUUCUUGUGAGGGUACAUUCAGAGUGUCUCACCGGCGAUAUAUUUGGAUCGGCGAGAUGUGACUGUGGCAAUCAGCUGGCGCUUGCUAUGAAACAAAUCGAGGCAGCUGGGAGGGGUGUGCUGGUGUAUCUUCGUGGGCAUGAAGGGAGAGGGAUCGGUUUGGGCCAUAAGCUUCGUGCUUACACCUUACAAGACGACGGUCGUGACACUGUGGAAGCCAAUGAAGAACUUGGAUUACCUGUUGAUUCCAGGGAAUAUGGCAUUGGUGCUCAGAUUUUACGAGAUACAGGCGUACACACGAUGAGGCUGAUGACGAACAAUCCUGCCAAGUAUGUAGGUCUCAAAGGCUAUGGUUUGGCCAUAGUUGGUCGGGUGCCGUUGUUGACGCCUCUGACCGUGGAGAACAGAAGAUAUCUGGAGACGAAGCGCGCGAAGAUGGGACAUGUCUAUGGCCACGAAGAUACUGAUUCCACCGCAGAUGACUCAUCUGAGACAUGAACAGUUUCAAGAACGCGACCCGCCUUUCAAUUUUUCAUACGUUUUUGCAGCGUUUUGGAUUUCCUGCCAUUUUGGCUAAAACUCACAUUUGAGUUUCUCUCGUCCCUCGGAGAAGACUAUACCACGGUAAUCAAUUUCUCUUAAAAUGAUUUCUCUAUAGAUAAUGUUUUGAACCGUAA